AUAGUGAUAAGCAAUUGAAGCUAUAUAUAGAAGCUGUUCCCCCUUUGACUUCUGCUAUAUUUUUCUUCUGUCUGAAUCAGAAUUUGUUGGUGUCCACCCUCCCAAGUUUUGUCUGGUUGUGUUUCUUGAAAAUUUACAAAAGGCUAUAAGACAAUCAAUCAGUGAUCCAUUCUUGAGGACCCUUUGUGCUUCCUCAGGGUUUUCAUCCAUCAAAAGACCAAACCUAUAUUAAGAGAACUUAAUAGUCUCAUAGCAGAAAUCUAAGAGAGUGUGGUGUGUGUUUCAAGGGAGAAAGAAAGAGAAGAGAUGGGAAGAGCUCCUUGUUGUGAUAAGGCAAAUGUAAAGAGAGGACCAUGGAGUCCUGAAGAAGAUGCAAAGCUAAAGGAGUACAUGGAGAAACAUGGGACUGCAGGGAACUGGAUUUCCCUCCCACAAAAAGCUGGUUUGAAAAGAUGUGGGAAAAGCUGUAGACUCAGAUGGCUUAAUUAUCUCAGACCCAACAUCAAGCAUGGAGAGUUUUCCAUAGAUGAAGAUAGAAUAAUCUGCAGUCUCUUUGCUAGUAUUGGAAGCAGAUGGUCAAUAAUAGCAUCUCAGUUACCAGGCAGGACUGACAAUGAUAUCAAGAACUACUGGAACACCAAGCUUAAGAAAAAAAUGAUGGGAAUGAAUCUUUCAGCACUGAAGAAACCUCACCAAGUUACCUUUUCAUCCAUCCUUCAAAAUUCAACACCCUCUUCAUCCUCUUCAUCAUCUUCACCAAUAUCAUUCAGAGAUAGCCACAACUCUUACUACCACCCCCAUGUGUCUUUCACAGGCUCAGAGUCCAUUUCAUACUCUUCAAGUCUUUUGAGUGGUAAUUUUUCUACCUCCGCUAAUUCCAUUUUUCAAGCACAAGAACUUGGAUAUGGUGGAGAUGGAACUUUUGUUGAUCACAUAGGUGAGCUUAAUUACCUCUACAGUGGGGUGGAAGAUACUCAAAAGUUUAUGCUAUCCAAUGCUGGUAGGGUUAGUGGGUGGACAGAGGAAAAAAGUAGAUUAUGGGGAGAAAAUCCAUUAGAUUAUGGUCUAGAAGAAAUUAAACAGCUAGUAAGCAAUAGUAGUUGCAACAACUUUUUGUUUGAUGACAAGACAGAGGAAAGGGUCAUGCACUAUACUGAUGCUGAAUGUGGUCAAAAUCAAGAAUAUUUGAAAGGGUAAGCAAAGGGGAUGGGAAGAACUAGAAGAUUCAGAUUUGGACUUAGUUUGUGUUUUUGUGGGAAAAGGUGGUGUUUCAUGGAUCCACUUUCUUUGUUUACAGUACAUGUUGGAAGUUUCCUUUGUACAUUUACUUGGUGCAGGAAUAUUUAACCCCCACCAUUUGAACCAUAGAUGUGUCCAAAUCAGAAAGGAAAGAAAGAA